UUGUCGUUCCAAUUCAUCUCACACCAUUGCCACACCUGUUUGGAAGCUCAGCCGGUCUUGAUACCAACCUAUUCAGCAUGGUUUCUAUAUCCGAAGUCCAGACACUGUCGUCCUUUUGGCUGACGAUGACGCCACUUGGGGCGGUCUGGAAGCGGAAUGGUCUCCGCCUCUGUCCGGAGCAUCAUAUUGAGCGUCACCAACACUGUCCCUUCAGCGGAAACAGCACUUCAACAACCCAUGACCCGAGUGAACCGGAUGAGGAUGAAUAUUUCCUUUGACUUGUUCUCCUUCAUCAUGAUGACUACGCUGGGGUGGUUCGUUCUCAUCAUUUCAUUCCUUGGGUUUUUGCAGGUCAGGCGAUGGGAGUGGAACAUUCAGCGAAGCACAAUGGUUGACAUGCCUGAGGACCUCCAAGCGUUGGAGACCCUCGAUCACACGAUUGGGAUGCGUGCGUAGCCUAAGCCACAUGAGCACCAGCGAGACGUUGAGGUGAGUCUCCCCGAGUCCGAUACCGGCACUCGACUCUAGUCGGAAGUGCCUAAAAUGGCCCAUUCGAUGA